AAAGCCAGCCUGAUAAAGCUCCUUGUGACAGCCUGACUUGCUAUUCUUUCAGUAUGCUGCCUUUGCUCUGCCAGCUCCAAUAUUGAAGCCCCGAGCUUCCCCAAUGAAACUGGAGUUUGCAGAUUGAUCAGCUUUUUAACCAGCCGCACUAGCUGUUAUGUGUGUGGUUUUUGUUUUGAAUGGUGAAAGCUAGCACUCCAUACAAGACAUGACAGCAAAAAAUUCUUCAAAGGAACUUCUUGCUUCUGAAUCUGAGGUUUGCAUCAAGACUUUCAAGGAGCAAAUGCACUUAGAACUUGAGCUUCCGAGAAUCCCGGGAAACCGACCUACAUCUCCCAAAAUUUCUCCACGCAGUUCGCCAAGGAACUCACCAUGCUUUUUCAGAAAGUUGCUGGUGAAUAGAAGCAUUCGUCAGCGUCGUCGCUUCACUGUGGCACAUACGUGCUUUGAUGUGGAAAAUGGCCCUUCACCAGGUCGGAGCCCACUGGAUCCCCAGGCCAGUUCGUCUUCUGGGCUGGUGCUUCAUGCCACCUUCCCCGGCCACAGCCAGCGCAGAGAGUCUUUUCUCUACAGAUCAGACAGCGACUAUGACUUGUCACCAAAGGCAAUGUCGAGAAACUCAUCACUUCCAAGCGAGCAACACGGUGAUGACUUGAUCGUCACUCCUUUCGCCCAGGUCCUCGCCAGCUUGAGAAGUGUGAGGAACAACUUCACUCUACUCACAAAUCUUCACGGAACAUCCAACAAGAGGUCCCCAGCGGCUAGUCAGCCUUCUGUCUCCAGAGUCAACCUGCAAGAAGAAUCUUAUCAAAAAUUAGCAAUGGAAACGCUGGAGGAACUAGACUGGUGCUUAGACCAGCUGGAAACCAUUCAGACCUACCGCUCUGUCAGCGAGAUGGCUUCUAACAAGUUCAAAAGAAUGCUGAACCGGGAGCUGACACACCUCUCAGAGAUGAGCCGAUCAGGGAACCAAGUGUCUGAAUACAUUUCAAAUACUUUCUUAGACAAGCAGAAUGAUGUGGAAAUCCCAUCUCCCACCCAGAAAGACAGAGAGAAAAAGAAGAAGCAGCAGCUUAUGACUCAGAUAAGUGGAGUCAAGAAGCUGAUGCAUAGUUCAAGUUUAAACAACACAAGCAUCUCGCGCUUUGGAGUCAACACAGAAAAUGAAGAUCACCUGGCCAAGGAGUUGGAAGACCUGAACAAAUGGGGCCUUAACAUCUUCAAUGUGGCUGGAUAUUCACAUAAUCGGCCCCUGACAUGCAUCAUGUAUGCCAUAUUCCAAGAAAGAGACCUCCUAAAGACUUUCAAAAUCUCAUCUGACACAUUUGUGACCUACAUGAUGACUUUGGAAGACCAUUACCAUUCUGACGUGGCCUAUCAUAACAGCCUGCAUGCUGCUGAUGUAGCCCAGUCUACCCACGUCCUUCUUUCUACACCAGCAUUAGAUGCUGUCUUCACAGAUUUGGAAAUCCUGGCUGCCAUUUUUGCAGCUGCUAUCCAUGACGUUGAUCAUCCUGGAGUCUCCAAUCAGUUUCUCAUCAACACAAAUUCGGAACUUGCUUUGAUGUAUAAUGAUGAAUCUGUGCUGGAAAACCAUCACCUUGCUGUGGGUUUCAAGCUGCUGCAAGAAGAACAUUGUGACAUCUUUCAGAAUCUCACCAAGAAGCAGCGUCAGACACUCAGGAAAAUGGUGAUUGACAUGGUAUUAGCAACUGAUAUGUCCAAACAUAUGAGCCUGCUGGCAGACCUGAAGACAAUGGUAGAGACAAAGAAAGUCACAAGCUCAGGUGUUCUUCUCCUGGAUAACUAUACUGACCGCAUACAGGUCCUUCGCAACAUGGUACACUGUGCAGACCUGAGCAACCCCACCAAAUCCUUGGAAUUGUAUCGGCAAUGGACAGAUCGCAUCAUGGAGGAAUUUUUCCAACAGGGAGACAAAGAACGAGAGAGGGGAAUGGAGAUUAGCCCAAUGUGUGACAAACACACAGCAUCCGUGGAAAAAUCCCAGGUUGGUUUCAUUGACUAUAUCGUCCAUCCAUUGUGGGAGACCUGGGCAGAUCUAGUACAGCCUGAUGCUCAAGACAUUCUGGACACAUUAGAAGACAACAGGAACUGGUACCAAAGCAUGAUACCCCAGAGCCCCUCUCCUCCACUGGAUGAGAGGAACAGAGACUGCCAGGGUCUGAUGGAGAAGUUUCAAUUUGAACUGACCCUUGAAGAAGAGGAUUCUGAAGGACCUGAAAAGGAGGGAGAGGGCCACAACUAUUUCAGCAGCACAAAGACACUUUGUGUGAUUGAUCCAGAAAAUAGGGAUUCACUAGGAGAGACUGAUGUAGACAUUGCAACAGAAGACAAAACCCCAAUCGACACAUAAUCUCCUUCUCCCUGUGGAGAUGUACUUUCCACCCUUGACAAGCAUGCCAGCUAUGCGGUAGGGCCAGCCUGCAAUGACGGCUGAGGCCUGCAUAGGACAAAGGCCAUCUGGCCUUUCCAGUUACUUGAGUUUGGAGCCAGAAUGCAAGGCCAUGAAGCAAAUAGCAGCUCAGGAAAUGCCAUGGUUGACUUGCCUUGCUUGCAAGCUUGGCAAAGAGCUGAAGCUUUAUGUAGUAGUGGCGGCCAGUUCCCAUCACAACUAAAUGGCUUGAAAAAUUGAAGACACAAAACUGAGAGAUUUCUCUGCACUAAGUCUUGGGAACUUGUCCUGACUAGUGACUGAACUCACUAAUAACUUCACUUAUAAAUCUGCUCACCUGUCUUCUUGUCUGCCAACCUGUGUGCCUUUUUUGUAGAACAUUUUCAUGUCUUUGAAAUGCCUGUUGAAUACCUAGAGUUUAGUACCAACUUCUAUGUGGAUAAGUACUUAAAAUUGACAUAAAUUUUUUGACUCUUUCUGGGGGAAAAAAAGGAAAGAAAAGUCUUCCUUCUUUCUUGGGCAAUAUCUUUUGCUUUCCUACAGUUAACUUUUGCAAACACAUAGAAAGGACACAUUGCUAACCAUAUUCUACUUCCAUCUUGGAGUCUAACUCUACCAAGGCCCUUGUAACUUAGAUCUGUUUGCCUGCUUUGAACAGUACUUUUUUUCUCUGAAGUUUUGCUGUUUUGCUGUAAGCAAAAUAAAGUUGAACAAAUCAGGGGGUAGGAAGGGGCAGUUAUAUGGUUCGCUAUUACCAGUCUGUGUAGGUCAGCUGAAUAGAACAAUGCGCCCCCUUGUGUCUUAGCCCCCUGUUAGUUGAACAGCCCUUUGCCCUGUUCUCGUUUGUAGCUUUUUUUUUCCAGGGCUGAGGACUGAACCCAGGGCCUGCGUGCACCGGGUGGGCGCCCUUCCGCUGGGCUAAAUCCCCAGCCCCUUGCCCUGUUCUCUCUCACCUCCCAUGACUCAACCCUGCCACUUGAUGCUGCUGUCAUUCUCUUGCAUUGCCUUCUGCACUAGCACCUCCCCCUGGUUCCUGUUUAUAACCAUGUAUUUAUUAUAUAAUGUAAAUACUGUAAUGUUUUGUAAGUUAUUAAUUUAUAUAUCUAACAUUGCCUGCCAAUGGUGGUGUUAAAUUUGUGUAGAAAACUCUGCCUAAGAGUUGCAACCUUUUUCUUGUAACAUUUGUAUGGUGUAUUAUAUAACCCCAACAACACAUAAGAGAGACAUCUGGCCCCCUCCAUAGUCAGGACAGGGAGGGGCAUUAAUUCCAUGGAUCUGCCCUCACCUUGUCUGACUUGCUAAUUCUGCACAAGCCCUUUGUGAACCAGUUUUGCAAACAGGAUUCUCACAUUAGAUACUAAGUGGUUUAUACUGAGCUUUUACUUUUGUAUUGUUUGAUAGGGGUAGAGGGCAAUGGACUAUAGUUUUUAACCCAUGUUCUAUCCAAAUCUGUAUACACAUGAAUUGGGUUAUACCUGGGUUCAGCUAUCAUUGUGGCUUCGGUUCAAAAAGCAACACUACAUUUGCUCACAAGAGAUUCUUCUGAGUGUUCCCAAACUACUGACUUUGAAGAGCUAGCCUCCUGCCUGCUCCUGAUGCGGGAAUGUCACCUUCAGAUUCAUUAUGAGAGAAAACAAUAAAACAAUGUGAAUUUUGAUAAUAAAAUGUGAACUGGUGUAGUAAAUUAUGCAAAUGUGAAGCUUCUUCUGAUAACACUUGUUAGACCUCUUCCUUGUGUCAGUUUCAGUUUGUAAAAUGUGUUUCAUGCUUCAGUUCAGCAUUGUGACUCAAGUUUCAGAAAAUGGCACAGAUGUGCAUGACCAAUGGGUUUGUAUGUCUAUUAACACCGUUGUUUCUGGUUGACAGUAUAUUGUUUUCAAAAGUUUCUCACAGUGUAUGUUAUAAUAUUAGAAUUAUAUACAUAUAUAUAUAUUGUGCAAAAAUGCAUUCUUAAAAGACUUUUAUAUGAGCUGAAUAAACAAAAGCAUGAUUAGCUUAGA